UCGUUUCCAACCCCCACUGUAGACCACACGUUUGUUCAGCACCGUCUGAAUUUGUGUUUGAAUUUAAUCGUUUCACAAUAGACGCUAUCGUUUGCAUUCGUUUUUAAUCCCUUCAUUGCUGUCAUUCAAUUCUAAAUAGUUAAUUGUCUAUUGUUUUUAGAACGCAAACGUUAGAAAUUUUGAAAGUUAACUUGUUCAACGAGGGAAAAAACCCAUUGGAUUCCUAUCACCAAAUUUCUCCCAUCACUUCUAUGUCGGUCAUGGACACCCAAAUGACUCAGCGAAGCAAGUUUGACGAGUUUUUUUACAACAAGAACGAUUUCAAACAUCAAGAUUGUAAUGGAAAUUAUGACGCACAUCACAGAGAAUCAAAUUCUGGUCUGACGAAGGAAGAGAUAAACGCUGUUCGGCAGUUAAGGAUGGCUAUUGGAGAUUGCAAACUACACGACCCACGAGAUGAAUUCCUUCUUAAAUGGAUAACAGCUGGAUCGAAUAUAGCUCAUGCAGAGCAAAUGCUUCGACAAACUUUAGAAUGGCGACGUUUGAAUGGAGUGGACGAAAUCUUGGACACCUUCAAGCCCAGUGAAGUUUUCCAGAAGUAUUUUCCAGAAGGUGAAGUUGGAGUUGAUAAAUUCGGCUGUCCCGUGUUCAUACAUACUACGGGAAGACUGGACCUGAGGGGACUUCUUUCAAGCAGCACAAAGAAAGAGUUUAAGAAUUUUCUAAUUUGGUUGACGGAAAAAUAUGUCCGUGCAAUUGGCGUGGCCAGUGAACGAAUUGGCAAAACAAUCUCCAAGUGUACAUUCAUAUUCGAUCAGGAAGCGUUACAGCUGAACGAUGUGCUAUAUAAGCCAGGAAUCGAUUUUGCGAUCGAAUUCACAAAGCUCAUGUCUGCAUAUUAUCCAGAUUAUCCUCGACGAAUAUUCAUCAUCAACGUACCGUCGUAUUUCGCGAUGAUUUACUCUAUUUCAAAAUCAUUUAUUCCUGAAUGCGACGCUCUCAAAAUCAAACUAUUUGGUAACAAUAAGAACGAAUGGAUGCCCGCUCUGCUGGAAGAAAUUGACGCGGAUCAACUUCCUGCCCAUUACGGUGGCACCAUGACCGAUCCUGAUGGCGAUCCAAAAUGCCCUAGCAAGGUUGUUAUGGGAGGUAAAGUACCUCAUUCCUAUUACCUGUGUAACAAACCGCCUAUGGCCAAGGAUUACAUGGAAACCGUGAACAUCAUGGCUGGCGGCAGUGGCCGAAAGAAAUUGAAAUUUAAAGUCGAUAUCGCGGGGUCGGCGAUCAGCUGGGAGUUUAUGACGGAGGGUGGCGAUAUUGGAUUUCGGGUUUAUAGCAAAGAUUCCAAAGGCCGUAACGAUUUGAUUCCACCGUGUCGAGUUGACAGCCAUUUGGUGAUGGAAGAGGGUCAAGUGAUUUGCAAUCAGCCUGGCAACUACGUUUUUGAAUUCGACAACACGCACAGCUAUUUGCGUGGCAAAAAAGUUCGUUAUCAUAUCGCGCUCCAGCAUUCCAAUGCCUAAUUUUUUUAACUUAUAUUAUCAGUGACCAGAGAAAUUAUUUAUUAUUUUGCACAAUUCUCGUCUAAUAGCCAAUUUAUGUACGGAACAUAUUACAUCCGUAGGGAUCACAAUAGACAAAAGAUAAAAUUA